GACCGAAUUAAAAUUACGCGCCUGGACGCAACCUGAACAAUUUGAAUUCGUCCUCGUUCCUUCAAGAUGAGCGGCUUGAUGGGAAUCCGCGCGGCCGAAUAUGAGAUGCCCGAAGCAGUGGGCGAAGACGACGGUGGUGUUGCACAGCUGCAAGGCCCUUGUGGCAUCAGUGCGCUGGAGCAGUCGGGGAUGAACGCAUCCGACAUCAACAAGCUCAAGGAUGCAGGAUUCCACACGGUCGAUGCCAUUGCCAUGGCCACGAAAAGGCAGCUCAUUGGCAUUAAAGGUAUCACCGAAGCGAAAGCAGAUAAAAUGCUCAAAGCGGCCCGUGAAAUGGUGAAUGUGGGCUUCACGACUGCUGCCGACGUCAUGCAGAGCCGAAAAGAUUUGAUUACAUUGACCACUGGGUCUUCUGCAUUGGAUGAACUUCUUCGAGGAGGCUUCGAGACGGGUUCGAUCACUGAACUGUUCGGCGAGUUUCGAACGGGAAAAACACAGCUCUGCCAUCAACUAUGCGUCACAUGUCAGCUGCCUGUGGACAAGGGUGGUGGAGAAGGAAAAGCACUGUACAUUGACACAGAAGGCACGUUUCGGCCGCAGCGUCUUGUCGCCAUUGCUGAGCGCUACGGGUUGGACGGAGACAGCGUCUUGGACAACGUUGCUUUCGCUCGCGCAUACAACUCAGAACAUCAGAUGCAGCUGCUGUCGCAGGCGUCGGCGAUGAUGGCCGAGUCUCGGUAUGCCUUGGUCAUAGUGGACAGUGCGACCGCCCUCUUUCGAACAGACUACUCGGGCCGUGGAGAACUGGCUGCCCGGCAGCAGGAAUUGGCCAAGUUUCUGCGAGCCUUGACCCGCAUGGCCGACGAAUUCGGUGUAGCAGUCGUCAUUACGAACCAGAUGACGGCCAACCCCGACUCGGGUAUGUUUGCAAAGGACCCGCUGCAACCCAUCGGCGGCAACAUUAUGGCCCAUGCAUCGUGCACACGGUUGAGGCUUAAGAAGGCUCGGGGUGAAAACCGUGUGAUGAAAGUAGUCGAUUCCCCAAUUUUGCCUGAGGCCGAAGCCAUGUACUCAAUCACGGAGCAAGGUAUCCAGGACGAACAGAACUAAGCCAUCAACCCAUAAAGAACUACUGCGAAUACACCGAGAUCAUGAUGAAGUGUGCUUUGAUCCAUACAAGCCAACUGCCGUCGCUACGCUUUCUCCAGUGUGCCAUCCAAGGUCGCAUCCAUCGGUCGAUCGUCUAGAAGACCGUCCUUGGGAUCAAUCUGUUCUUCGUCUAAGGCCACUUGGUCCGUUCUGUCUUCUUCUGCAUCGACGACAUCGCCAUCGUCGGCUACAUCAUCUCGUCGGGCUAACAGCGUCUGGCGGAUCUCAGCUUCAAUGCCGGCCGCAACGUCGGGAUGGUCCAUGAGAAACUGCUUGGCCUAGGUACACAAACGCCACACAAAUCCGGAUCAGUCAAUUCUCCAUGCAAAACAAA